AUGGCGUCAAACCCUCCAGGUCGCUGUUGUAUCGUUGGCGCUCGCCAUGAUACUGAUAUACAUCGAAGAGGCGAACCAACUGGAGAAUUGAUCAACAUUGAACCAAACAUUCAAGCAUAUCUAGCAACCCCGCCUGUGGGAAAAUCCCACGAGAAGGUGGCUGUGUUGUUUUUGCCUGAUGUCUUUGGGAUCUGGCAAAACAGCAAGCUUGUCGCGGAUUCUUUUGCCGCGAAUGGAUAUACUUGUCUGCUCCUCGACACAUUCGACGGCGAUGCAGUGCCAUUGGACAAAGGUCAUUCUGGAACUUUCGACUUCCAUAGCUGGCUCCAGAAUGGAUCUGAUGGUCAGCAUCCCCACGUCCCUGCAGCAGUUGAUCCCAUAGUCCUAGCCGGCAUCAAAAAUCUGAGAGAAAUGGGGUUCAAAAAGCUUGGCGCUGUCGGCUACUGCUUUGGUGCUAAGUACGUCAUUCGCAAUUUGAAGGAAGGUGGAAUUGAUUGCGGUUAUAUCGCUCACCCAUCCUCUGUCGAGGAGGAUGAGCUUGCUGCUAUAUCCGGGCCGCUUUCCAUUGCAGCUGCGGAGAUCGACCGUGUCUUUCCCAUGGAAAAACGACACAAGUCGGAGGAGAUCUUAAUCAAGACAAAGCAGCCUUAUCAGAUCAACUUAUUUUCUAGCGUUACGCACGGCUUUGCUGUUCGAGGCGACCUUAGCGUCCAGAUUCAGCGAUUUGCCAAAGAACAGGCUUUUUUGCAAGCCAUAUCUUGGUUCGACGAGUACCUGAAGAUUUGA